AUGAGGCGAGUUAGAGCUGUGAUGCUGUUAUCGUCAUCUUUGUGGUGCUAUGAGGACUCCUGGCUCAGACCCUUUGCUCGAUCUCUGCUGAGGUUCCUAGGCUUCAUCUUCUGGGGUACUGCUGCAGCUUUGGCCUUUGGUGGAGUUUUUUUGAUCCUGAUGUACAAGAACUACAGAUACUUAUUUCAGGAGUCUUUCUUGGCUCUCCCUGGCUGGCUGGCUGUUGCAGCUGCACUUAUCUUGCUACCUACUGGAGUUUUGGCUACCUCUGUUUCUGCUAAGAGCUCCCGCUAUCAGCAAGGGGCUCUCAUGUACUUGUUGCUCAUUCUUCUUUGGCUAGAAAUAUCUUCGGCAGUUCUGGUACAGUUCUACUCUAUUCGGAUGGCUUCUGAGCUGAAAAGCACUAUGGGUUACCUUGUCUAUCAGUACAAUGGGACACACUCCCAGGGUCCUGGCAGCAGGCCUGUGGAUGUGGUACAGAGGAAGCUGCAGUGUUGUGGGGUCCAAAACUACACAGACUGGCUAAAGGCAACAGCUGCUUCUUGGCAUCUUCCAGCUGAAAAAGCUCGUGUCCCUGAAAGCUGCUGUAAGGAGAAGUAUUCUCACUGCAGGGGUGACUUACACCAUCUGGAGCAGCUUUUUCAGGAAGGCUGUCUAAAGAAGCUGGAAGACCAGUUGCAUUUUGUCAUGCUCUAUGUGUUUUGGUGCUGUACUGUGCUAAGCAUCUUGGAGCUGUUGGCUGGUGUCAGCAACGGCAUCCUCAUGAGGCAUCAGCCUUUCCAUGAUGUCCGAAUUCUGGACUCAUCUACCUUCUCAUAGGCCUGCGGACACCAACAGCAUUGCUGAACCUGCUGCGUGUUUCCUUGGUUUUGUCCCACUCUGCAGUUGCACUGGAAGAAAACUUCUUUUUUUUUAAAUAUAUUUGCAUGUAAAUCAAACUAAUUGAUCACUGCUGGUUUUUUUUUUUUCCUUUAGUGUUACAAUAUUAGAUAAGUUCUCCCCCAUUUCUUGUUCAAUAAGUAUCCUGUAUCUGAAAAACUUCAUUGCUGGAAGUCACAGCAGGGAGGGGAGGGUUUUCAGUAUGUGCAAACAUGAAACUACUGUAUGUGAGUGUGGGGGAAGCAGUAAGUAGAGGUAUGUCUUGCUCGGGGGAUCAUGUUGCGAGGUCAUGACCUGAACUUUUGGAAUAAAUCUUAACUGUACUAGGAUCUUGAAGAGUAAUUAAAGAGCAGAUUCCUUCACCUUCAAACUUAUAUUUAACACUUUGCUAUUUCUAAAAGAAGCCCUUUGUAUAAAGUUUAACACUUUUUUUCUUUUUCUCCUUCAAACACUGGUUUAAAAACUAAUUCUUCAGUGAAAAUAAAUGUCAAUUUUUGAAGUGGCAUGAGGGUGCAAUCUAAAUGAAGAUGAUACAUUUAACAGCAGCAGAGUAACUAAUAAGAUGACAUACAGCAGGAGGUAUAGUUAUCUCAGGAGUUGCACAGGAGCAAUUCCCAAAUUAAAGAGCAAGAAGAAAGUCUGUCUGUAUUUAUUAAUUUGUUUCAU